AUGACUCAUGAAUCACCAAACAAAAACCCGGGCACAAAAUGUCCGCGUGAUGAUUUCCCUUUAAGUGCCCGCGCUACGGAGCAGCGCGCAGUGCGCAUGGGGCCAAUCAAACGCAUCGGACCACCGCCCAAUACAGCGUCAUGUCCGCAGCAAACUCGACAUGGCAUCCAGCCUGGGCCCUGCUUGUCGGGUCCAUGUACCCCAUCAUUUCCCAGUGGCUCAUCGCGGGGCAUCUUGUUCCCGAACCGGAAACUCUUACACGGUCCGGACUUACGGACAUCGGAGUUCCCCCCUCACAGUCCCGCACCCCAUAAUAUGUCCCUCCAGCAUUAUUGGGUGCAUUUCCGUGGAGACUACCCAUGA